GUUCUCUGAAGUGUUACCAAAAUAUUUUGACUUAAAUUUAAUCUCUCACGUAAGAAAAGAAUGGUUAAUAUAAUCUGUGUUUGAUUUUAUACAAGAGUUUUUCAAUCAAGCUGCCUUUCCAGUGUUUCACAAUUUGUAUCCUGAUGUUGUGUCGAUAUGUACAAUAAUUAUAGUGAUACAGAUAUGCAGAUACAAGCACCAAAACUUACACCAAAUGAUCAGGAAGUUGAAGGCCUUAUCAAAAACUGUAGUAAAGAAGAACUUCAGCAAUUGUUAGAAGAUGAGGACAAGAUGAUUGGAUUAAUUACUGAUUUAAAUCAGGUUAAAAGGUUACAAACGGAUAAAGAAAUGACGAUAGUAAAAAACAAAAGCAUGGCUGAAUAUAAUCUGUCGAUAGAACCUAAAUUAUAUGACAUGAGAUCAAAGGUGGCCACACUGUAUGAGGAGGCUAACAAGCUAAAAACAGAACUUGCUACAGAUAAAUCAAGACUUGAUGCUAAAAGAGGAGAGAUUUCGUUAGAUGUAAUGAGUGUUAUGUUACAGACAGAAGCAGCCAAAUCUGAAGAAGACAGUGAAAAAUUAGCUGAUAACUUUUGUGAGGGAAAGGUUGGUCUUGACAAUUUUUUAGAAACCUACAUUUCAUCUCGAACUAUGUCACACUUACGACAAAUAAAAUCACAAAAAAUGAAUGAACUUGUGCGGGAGCUUUCACCGACUAGGAAUAGAGGACAGAUAAGCUCGUCAUAUAACAAUGAUAUUCGAUCUCCAGGACUUGCACCUUACCCUGCGUACAGUUCUAGCGCAGGACAGUAUCCAGCCUCUGGCUAUUCCAUGCCACAACCCUAUUAUGCUAGUUGAUUUUAGAUACAUGGUUUUAGGUUAUGUCAUGUUAAGAAAUAAAUGCAAGGUUUUUGACAAUGGUUCUUUUUUCUGUGAAAAAUUAUAAUUAUAUAUUGAGUGAGUGAUUCCUUAAAUGAGUACACUUAUUAAUUGUAUAUACAUAUAUUUUUAUUGUAACUUUUCAAUGUUAUAACUACCUUGGAUAAAGGGUUUCAUUAUCUUCUAUGUUGACUGGUUCUUUUCCCAUGUAUUUCUUUUCUUUAUACCUUAUAAAAUAAUUCCUUAACUCAGACAGUACUAUUUAAAAGGAUAAAAUAAUGGGUAGAGUCCCUUAUUGAAAUGCCUUAUUGAAAAUUCAUAUAAUUGGUAAUUAAGGUGGUACCCAACACCUUAACUAAAAUUAAUUUGGCUCCUUUAAUUUUCUUAAAAUUUUGACAAAGAAUUUACUUUAACCCUUUGACAAAAAUAUCAAAAUUUCAAAAAAUUUAACUAACUGUUUAAUCAGAAAAAUUACACUGGUUAUAAGGGCUCUAUAAGCAGUUUGACAAAGACUUAUUUUGAUCAUUGAGAAGCUUAAUAUUCCCUUAACAACCCAAAAUCAUUAAAACGUUCUCCUGAUUUUACAGAGUUAUCUCCCUGUAGUGUUAGGUACCACCUUAAUCUAGCAUUUGGUUACUCAAUUAUUUCCAUUUUUAGAUUGUUCUUGGAUGUAUUAUUCAUUUCAAUGUCAGACUUUGUUAAAGGUUAUUUCUACAAAACUAGUUACAGACAGGUGUAUCAAUUAUUGAACAAAAUUUAGACUAUUGUCAUUUUUAGUGUAGUUAGAAUGGUUGUGCUGGUAACACUUUAAUAAAAUAAAUGUAUGUUGGCAUUUGUUUUUGUGGCACUUCGGAGAUUCUGGUGUUCCUUGGUUUUCCUCUUAUAGUUGAUAUGUUUCCCUCAGUUUGUAAACUUGAGUUGUUUUCUAUCAACCAAUUUUUCUAUCAACCAAUUUAUGACUUGAACACUGGUAUACUACUGUUGCCUUUAUUUAUAAACAGUAUUAUAUACAUUUGUAUGUAUAUUUGAAUAUUUUAUGUGACUAGGAUUUUUCAAAAGCAAAAAUUCAUGAAAUGAGUAGAAAUUAAAUUACACUUGUUUUUACUGUAGAAGCACAUGUUAUUUGGAAUCAAAUGCAUAUAUUUGUAUUUCUAAUAAAAAAAAAACCUCACCUGUGAAAAGUUAUGCUAUAGAUAAUUCUUCUUUUAUAUGUGAUUUAUGCAAAAAAAGAUGUCACUUUUGAAGACUGAAGUCCCAAAACAUUUUGUAUCUGACUUUCCUUACAAAUAAUUUGUAACAAAUGAAAUAUAUAUUUGCACUGUCUUGAUUUUAUGCAAUUAAGCCUUCUUUAUACCUGAAUUUUAUUUUGAAACAUUAUUUGAAUUUACUAUAACUUCUGUCAUUGAUAAAACUCACAUUAAUUCUAAGUCAACUGUGUUGAAAAUAUUUAUUUUGAAUUAUUAUAUUUUGUGUUUUUGACAUACCUUUUAUGUAGAGUCUAGACCAUUUGUGAAUUUUAUUGCUGUAGAGAUUUUGUUUGUUUGACACCAACUAUAUAUUUAGUUUUAAACUUUUGUAGGUCAUUACUGAUAAAUGUUGUAUUAAGCUCUAUUGUUAAGUUUGAUAUUAUUUCCACAAACAUAUUUUCAUACUGUAUAAGUGUGGAGUCUUUCUAUAUAGUGUGUCUGUGAACAAUGUUGUAUAUUUUUUGUUCGUUAUUUCAAAAUCUGAUGUAUUCAUUAUAAUUUUUUCAAAAGUCUACAUCAUUAUGAUUGGUUAAAAAAAAAAGUCCCGACAAUAGAAGUUCAAACAAGGACUUGAUGUUAUUUUCAUUUUGGGGUAUGUUAAUGAAAAUUGCAGACUGUUACUGUGGAUUCAUUAUUAUUCGUUGGAUACCAAUUUUGGUUAGUACAGGUGAACCACGAAUUAAAAUGUCCAACGAAUUACACAUUUUCUAUAGGUUGUGUAUACAGCGAUUAUUAAAACCACGAAAUCAGAUACCCAAGAAAAUUCAAGUUUGCCUCAUUCCACGAAAAUUGAUAUCCACGAAAAUAAAUGAAUCCACAGUAUUGACCACAUGAUUGCUUAAAAUACCAGGGGUGGAUGCAAGAACAAUAUUUGUUAACUUCAGAUUCAGCAGUUUAUGUUGGGGAUAAACUUAAAUAUUAAUAAUUUGGUAAAAUUGUUUGCAAAUAAACAUUUAAUAUGUCGAAUUCUAGUGAUAUUCAAGAUUCUGUUCGUGUGCCUGUCCAUCAGUGGUGUUCCUAUUAUGACUUAAAGUUUUUUUUGUCAUUAAGAGAAUUUGAUGUUGUUUAUAUGUAUUUGUUCCAUAAAAAUAUAAAGGAGAAAAGAAGUUAUGACCAAUUUCAUUAAAAUUAUUUUUAAAUUUUUCUAUUUUGUGAUUUAGAAAUUUUAUAUUUCAGACUGGUGAUAUAUGUUUCCAAAAUGUGUUUGUCUCAUUCUGUUUUUGGUGUUGAUGUUCACUAACAAAUGAUUAUAUUUCCUCUAAUUAAUCAGUAAAUUAUUAAUUAAAUUGAAUUUUAAUUUUGUGAUAAAAGUUUGAAAUUAUAAGAGCUUUUAUUUUCUUAUUUACAUUCGAACAUUAUGUUUGAAUAUUGAAUAUUGUUAAUUUGGACACAUUGAACCAUUUUUUUCUAUUUCUGUUUUGCUUUUCUCAUCCUGAAUUUGUUAUACAUAUUUAUAUGAAAACUAAUUUUAAAGCAUCUUUAAAAGAAUUUGAUCUUCCUACCUACAUGUAUUGAGAAUAUAUUUUUAAACAAAACUUUAUUGACCUGCUUACUGGACAUAAACAUUUACCAACUGAAAUGGUCUAUUUUGAAUUAAUCAGGCACCAAUUCUUCAAUCAAUCAGGGUGAAAAUUAACCUUAAGUUUUGUUCUUAUAUUUGUCUUUAACUUAUGAAGAUUCAAAGAACAAUUUUGUUGUUGUCAUAGUUAGAGUUAUAAAAACAAAUUCUGUUUUGAUUAAACCUGAAAUAUAGUGGCAAUACUUUAAAGCAUUGAUCAAGAUUAUAACUGUUUCAAAAAUUAUGAUCCAAUUUUUUUGUAGACUGUUUCAGGUUCUUUUAUUUAAUUUUACACAUACUAGAGGUAGCAUUAGCAGACAUGUUUAGUAAUAUACUUAUGCGUAAGCAACUAUGUACACAUUUAAUUGUAUGAAAAAUGAUUGGUUAUGAAAAAGUGCUUUUGUUUUGUUAUGUCAGUGUCUCUGUUUAAUACAUAAAGGAUUAUGGACUUUGUGAAUAUUUGAUUAUUUUGGUUAUGCAAAAGUCUACAUACAACCCUUUUGUUUGAAAUAUUUAGUUGAUUUUAUAGGGAAUCACUGAAGCAUGACUGGAGCAGGUCCCUCUUAGGCAGUCAGUGGGUCCCUACUUGUGGAAAUUUCUGGAUCCACCACUGCUAUUCAAAUAAAAUCGUAAUUAAAAUAGUCGUCAAAACAGUUUUUUUGAGAUUGUAGUUGUACUAUGUGUGUUUUCAUGUUUAUUGUUUUACACAUGUAAAGAUUAUUUUUUUUUUCAUCGCUAGCAAACAUUGAAGAGAUUUAUCCUGGUUUGAGGCAUUUGCGCUUACAUUCAGAAAUUUAUCCCAUAUUUUAAGCAGUUAAAACUGAAAACCCAAGUUUAAUGAAGUACUUAACCAAAAUCUUCAUGGCAAAACCAUAUAUUACAUGUGUUCCCAAUAUUAAUAAACAGAUGCAGAUAUAAGAUAGGCAUUAUCUACAGGUGAGCUUUACAGUUGUAGGCAUUAUCUACAGGUGAGCUUUACAGUUGUAGGCAUUAUCAGUGUGAAGCUCUCUGUUAAGAUUUACUUUUUAGAAACACCCAUAUCUUACAUAAGUUAUAAUAUACUGUAUCAGUCCAAUGUCAGAGCCAUUUUUGCCAGGUACUGGUUAUUCAUGUUUUGACAUCUUAACUUAUAUCCAUUGUACAUUUGUUGGCUAUCUUUUUUAAAACACCCGAAGUUGAUAGAGAUAUUGGGUUCAUACACAGAGAAUGAUGAUACACUAAAUCGAAUAAACUGGUCUGAAAUUACAGUGUUGACCUUAUUAGUGAUUUGUUUUUAUUUUACCAAUUAUAACAGUUAUUUAAGAGUUCCAAAGAAGUAUAUAGUGGAAAACAAGUUACAUAUUUUAAAAAUUGGAAAUGAUACUAAACUGUAUUAACCAAGACAUUGUACAAUACAGUUAAAAGGUUACAAGCUGUAGAUGCUAUUGAAGUUUCACUUUUUAGAAUUGUUUUAUAGUGAUUAUGAUUUACAUAAAGAUGACAUUUCACAAUAUUAAAUAUUUAAGAACAUU